GAGAUCGCAAGUUAACUAGACACACCGGGAUGCGUCCUGGUGGGGGAGUCCAUCUCUGCAUUGUUUUAUUCCUCCCACAGUGGUAAUGAUUGUAAGAUCGCCGAAGUCUUGCAUUUCUUGCAGUGGUUAGUGAGAGGGAGGGUGACAAUUUUAAUCAGCCCGUGAAGGGACAGAGGGUGUGUCCAAUCGGUCCUCGUUGAACUGUUUCACAGUAAAGUACUCGAUUGCAACAAGCUUAAAGAUAUUUUGCCAAACUUUUGGAUAAUUUAAGUAUUUUGCUAACAGUCUCAGUACAAGUAUUUCGCAUUCUUUUAGCAAAGUAAAAUCCACCGAAAACCUAUUUAAGAUGCACAAAGGCACAAAGGAUUGUAAGUGUCAAGAUUGGUGGAGUUGCAUAAUGUCUCAAAAUAUACUAGGUGAGAGUAAAAUCCAACCCUAUCAUUUCUCGUCAUGCAGUUUGCAAGAUUACAUCAGGGCACUCCGAGUGGGACAUGGAAUAUGCCUUUUCAACAAACCCAAUCAGCUUGAAGAUUUUCGUACUUGUGGUAAUGGAGUUAUUGAAGACGGAGAACAGUGUGAUUGUGGUAGCAUAGAAGAGUGCCUCCAGAGCGAUCCCUGUUGUGAUCCAAUCACGUGCAAGCUGCGAGUAGAAGCUGAAUGCUCAGCUGGACCUUGCUGUGAAAAUUGCAAAUUGCGACCUGCUGGACAUCUGUGUCGUCCUGCCUUGACCGAGUGUGAUANCUGUCCCCUUGAUUUGUAUAAGAAAAAUGCGAGCCCCUGCAAUAAAGGAGAAGGCUUCUGCUUUCACGGCGACUGUCCCGCCCCUGAUACUCAGUGUGAAUAUCUCUGGGGCUUUGGUGCUGUCGUAUCGGAGAAGGAGUGUUUUGUCCGUUUCAAUACGCAGGGAAGCCUGAAUGGAAACUGUGGGACAGAUGGUCACGGAGGAUAUAUCAAAUGUUCCGAAGAAAACGUUCGUUGCGGGUCAUUGCAAUGCCAGAGAGGUUCGAGAACACCCCUUGUGCCUGGUAUGGACAAACAGUAUUCGAGAACAAUAGUGUACCUGGGAGGUUCGGAAUACGAAUGCAAAGCUGUCCAAAAAUUUGACACUUCACAUAAUAAUAAAUCUAGAAAUUCUGGAUACAAUAUUCCGAUCAGCGGAGGUACUCUAAGUGUUACCGAUAUUCCUGAUUUGGGCAUGGUAAAAGACGGUACAAAGUGCGCUGAAGACAGGGUAUGCGUCAACCAAACUUGCGUCAGCGUUACCAUGUUUAUUGAACCUGGAAGCUGUCCGUCAUCACACAUGUCACAUGUUUGUUCAGGGCACGGGGUGUGCUCGAAUCUGAACAGUUGUUACUGUGAUCGAGGAUGGACAGGAUACGAUUGCAGCCAGCGAGCAGACGAGAGGACACACCCGGAAGACUUUCAACCCAUCCCUAACUUCUUUCCAACUCCCGAUUCCCCCACCACAACCAUGAUCGCUGACUGGAAGAACAAAACUGUCAGGAACUCCUUCGUUGUAACCACGGGUAAUACGCUUAGCACACCUUCAUUGGUUAUAGUUUUGGUUACAAUUGUAGGAGGUGUAUUUAUAUUUUUUGCUCUCCUAGCCACAUGUUACAGGAGGGACCGAAAUAUGUAUGAAGCCAUUUUCUUCUCGUACAAUAAAUGUUCCUCAAAAAUAACCAAGGGUACAACUCUUAGCGCCACCUCCCUGGUUAUAGUUUUGGUUACAAUUGUAGGAGGUGUAUUUAUAUUUUUUGCUCUCCUAGCCACAUGCUACAGGCGUAGCGGUAUAUUACCGAAAGGUGCGUCAGACUACUUGAAGAAGCGUUUCGGCAGAAAACUGCAUAUGCCUCUUGCGGGUAAAAAGCUCAGCGGCUCACAAGAAAAUGUCAACCGCAUCAUUACCUUUGGCAGCAUGCCUUCCUACAGGGAGGACAAACUGCAAGAGUUGCAACGUCGGCAGCAAGACACUCCUCCCAAGUUGCCAGUGGAAAGCACCCGUCCACCCCCACCGCCGGGUGAUGCGUCCACCUUCAUUGAGCUCUCACCGGAUAAUCUGACCCGAGUACCGGAGAAAGGCAUCCUGAAACACGGACGUCCGGACUGGGAAGACGGUGAAGAUCCGGGAGAGGAGAACAACGUGGACUCAUCCAGUGACGUGGAACGAACUCUUAAGAACAUCAAUGGCUACCACGAAGAGAUCCUCGAGGCUCUGCAUUCCGCGUCGCAGAGACUCGGCGACAGCAAACGCAGCCCAUCUCAGGAGAGCCACAAAAGCUUGAUCGACGCGAGCUAUUCCACUGUCAACGUCGCCAAAGAACAAGAUAUAGACAUGGACGAACCUAUGCCGGUUCCGAUCCGCAUCCGGAACUUGGAAGAUCUCCUGAGACAGUUGGAGCACCAUCCUCUACAGCAGCACAUGUCUCCGGCUUGCUCCGACGAGAUCCGGUUGAGUGAGCCAGAGGCGGACAGGCACUACUUGCUCGGCAGGCAAGACCGGUCGGGAAGUGAUGGCAAAGUGGAUCCGGGCCUUCAUUACCUUCUCGGUCGACUGCAGGCAAGUGGCGCCUCCUCCACCAAAAGAGGGCACUUCUCGAACGAAGAGGAUGACGAUGACGAUCAAAGUGACGACGAUGACGGAAGCACUUAUUCUUCUCACCAUCUGGUGAGGAGUGCCAGCGAGGAAGCUUUGCCUGUGACCACCAAAAGAGACUAUUCGUAUUCGAACAAAUCUAGAGGCAAACGGGCUCCCGAGCCUUGCGAUUAUGCUCCGAGCCCACCUCCCUCUGAGGACUCGUAUGCAAAUUCUUCUGAAGAAAAUGCCUUUCUGCCGCCUCCUGUUCCGCCCUCAGUGCGGGGCGCACGCACUGCCAAAGUAGAGCCAGAAAUCCUGGGUCCGCCCUCCGCCAUGUCAACUGGGUCGUUGCCAUUAGGAGCUAAGAGAAAGGGAAAGAAAAAGUUUCCGGAAUAUAAGAUGUCAUCUUUACGAGCCCAGCGAUGGUAACUGCCCUCCUGACCAUCCAAGGUAUCCGCUGCCUCACAUCACAGAAGGUCCCGAAGGAGUGUGCUAAGUGGCCAAUUUCAAGUCCUCGACUGCAAAAUUUCAGAGGGAAAAAAAUCACUUUCAUAAUUGAAGGAAAUUUGGCUCAUCCAAGCAUGGUUUCAUACAUUAGCUUUCAUCCAAGCCGGAGAACAAAGCUUCCGCCAGAAAUAAAAGAACGUUGUUCUUUGUGCAAACUUUUUAACACAAAUAUAAAAAUGGCGCUGAAGGAACUAAAAAAAAAGAGAGACAAAUUAGUGAAAAAUUGUGAUAGAUGGCAUAUUAGUUUGGCGAUUUUUAUUGGAUGGAUAUUUUUGUUUCUUUCGUCUCGUUUUUUUUCUUUCUUCCGGGACCAUGUGUCGAAAAACUGCUAAGCGCUGUAGUUCUUUCAGCGCUCUAGUUAAUAACUAAAACGAUCCAUUUCAGAUCUUUCCAGUUGCUAUUUUCGUAUAGUGUGACGUCACCAACCUGGUUUGUGACGACGCUCCUAGUUUGUGACGUCAUCAUCGAUCACAUACUUCCACAUUUUCUUGAUCAUAGAGAUUCUUCCUUAUCUUCAAUAGCCGUCGUUCGUGAUUAUCAUUACGAUUCGUCGAAGUCCUUCUAUAGAUUCUUCACGAAUGUAUGCAUAUAGAACUUUUUUUCAAAACUUGUUCUUUAAAUGUAUUGAAGCGUAUAUUUAUGACAUGGUGACUUAUACAUAUGCUCAACAAUUUAAUUAAAUGAUGCAUCGUAUAUAUAUAGACAAAAGACCCACUUACAUUAUAAAAGACAGUUAUUCCCUUAAUAGUUAUUCCCAUUUAUUCCCACUGAUUUAAGCCUUAAAGUAGGCUUAAAUCAAUGGGCCGCCAAUUUUAGGCUUAAAUCAACUACCGCCAUCUUUGAAAGCCAACAUUUUAACCAACAAGUCUUGAAAAAAUAAGUUCUGAAAGCUUCCUUAUUAAUGAAGCACAGCUUAUAAAUAAUGGAAGUGGGUCUUGAUUAUAGACUAAACGUUCAACUUUAUUAUUGGCAGACUCCAACAAAAUAAAUACAAUAAAAGGCGGAGUAGAAUGCUUUUUUUUCUUUCUAGUCUAUAAUACAGUACUAUACUUAAAUAAUCAGAUAAUAGCGAAUACGAGUUUCGCAUUUUUAAGUUGUGUAAAAAUUUAAACAGAUAUAAAUUUGAAAUAUUUUUUCUAACAAGAAAAUGUCUACUUAAUGGUUUCAUUACUCGUUAUGAGAGCAUAACUCAGUAGACUGAAAAAAUCAUAAUAAAUAAACCUCAUCAAAAUACCAUUAAAUAGGUGUUAACAAAAAAGGUUGUCAAAGUUAUGUAAUAAUGACAAUGUAUAAGUGUUGUCAACAAUCAAAUGUUGCAACGUAAAUUAAGCAUUCACGAUUGAGUAUAAUAUAUUUUUUCUAUGAUUGUUGUCCUUCCGUAGAAAGUCACCGAAAUUUGUUUUUAAAUUAUAAUUUAGAACAAUUUAACUGAUUACGACUCAGAUAAAUAACCUAUAUAUACUACUACUUAGAAUUGUUAUUUCUACUUUAUUCUUUAACAUUGUAUUCCACUUUUGGUGUUAGUUAAUAAUAACAAUCCAUAAAGAUUAUGAAUAUUUGAAAAUCAUUUUCAAAUGGGUCCCAAUAUUUUAAACAACUGCUGUUGUUUAAAAAAGUAACCUUAAUAUAUAUAUAUAACAGAAAUUUUGGCUUAAACUGAAACUGUUUAGUUUCGAAUUUUCAUUAGAUACAAAAUGUUACUUCAUUAAUAGAAAUUGCUCUUAUUUUGUUUUCAUUUUCAACGUCGCAGAAUUAAUCUUCUUAGAUGAUACAGUAUUAAUUCCAUUUAACAGAAUUUAGCAAAGAAUAAAGUUAUCGCGAAUACAUGCGUUUUAGAACUGAUUCUUAAUGUUGCGGUGCCGGGGCGCAGAUUAAUUUAUCUUUUAAAGUAACUAAGUAUGUAAGUACAACUCUACAAAAUACUUUUUAAUAAUACGUAUUGAUUAACACGCAUAAAAUGUAAAGUAACUAGCUAACAUACAUGAAGCAAAUCGGCGACAUGAAAUAGCAUUAAGCAACUUUAAAAUUGCUUUACUUUUAUAAAGAGCCUGUUAUUUUGUAGCUAAUUUUUUCCCUAAAAUUUUUUCCCUAUAAUUCCCUAAUAAAUAGAACAAUGAUACCAAGAUUAUAUAGAAUGUUACACGAGUUUUAAAUAAUUAAUGCAAUAUUUCAAAUUGUUUUACUAUUUACAUUAAAUAGUUACUGUUAGAACUAACACUUAGAGAAAGAUGUACAAAAAAUAUUGAAAUUAUUUGUUGAUAACGUAAAAGUAUUUAUUUUUAAAAAAAUGUUUCUUUUCCGCAAUAAAUCUGCAUUUUUACUUAUCGACUGCAGAUCGUAAUGUCCCAUACUUUGUUCAAAAGAAGAAGCUCAUAUUUUAUUAUGUUAGUUAAUUUAUACUGCAGUUUGAAUGUAGUUUAUAAUAAAUGAAUAAUUUUUAAAGAAAUGGAAACCAUUAAACCAUUUAAAAUGUCUGAAAAAUUUAUUCAGAAAUACAUUUUCACUUAACGUCUCAAUCCUUUACUUCAUUUUGAAUUCUCUUUGUACAAAAAUUACAUGUUUGUUCUUCUAAGAAAAUUGAAAAGGUGUUUUUUUUUUAACGGAAUAUUCUUUUCAAAAUAGUUUGCCAAGAACAGACUAUGAAAAUCUGUAUUGACGAGGUUAGAAAAAAAUGGAGAAGUUAGUUAUCCUUUUAUCCUUUUCAGAGUUUGUUGAGAUGUUAUAAUAUAUAUAUACAACAAAGAAUUAUAAAAUAAAAUAAAAUAGAAAAACGUAAAGGUUCUUCAGGACACAUUCCUUUACGAUGGUAAAUGCAAUAUUUCAAAAUAAGGAAUAAUUAUCCAAAGAAAAAAAUUAUUCUUUAUAAUGCGUCUGUAUUGCUAAAAAAUGAAAAUGUAAUUGAAAAUGAGUUUGAGAUUAAAGAAAGCAGAAAAAAAAUUUACCGAUGUGGAGUAAAAAAUAAAAUGCCUUAAAAAAUAGAUAUACCAAUCUAACAGUUAACAAAAAUUCGGUAAGAAGAAAAAGAUGCUUAUAGCUUGAUGCUUAAACAGUGCUUAUAGCUUGAAUCGCAUAAAAUAAUACUUAAAAAUAAAUAAAUUUGAAAAAAUAUGAAGCAAAUUAGAUUUCAGUGCUGACAUCUAUGAAGAAACACUUUAGUAAAGAAUAUUUGGAAAAUUUAAGUAACAAAAUUAAAAUUAAUUUAAAAAAAAAAAAAAAAAACUAAGAUUACAUUUUUAAAAAGAACUUUUACAUUUGUAAAUAAAAUAAAUCAAUAGAUAAGAUGAAAUUAUUACUGAGCAUUGGAAAUUUAUCUAUAAAAAAUAUAUUGUUUAAAAAAUGACAUUACCUAAACCCAGAAAUGACUAAUUAUACGUCAUAGAACUUUGAUUUGAACAACAUUGGAAAUAGAAAAAAUUUCUAUUAUUUGAAGAUUCUUAUCAGAUGUUUUCAGUCAACAGUAAAUGUUUUAGAAACUAUUUAAAAGAUAAUCAUAAAAAUAUGUGGAAGAUUAUGCACCAUAUUUUUAAAAACAAAAAUAAUGGGUGGCUUAAAAUGAAGUAAAAUUCACUGUCUACCAUGCCAGGAAAAGUUUUAAAAUUUUCACCCGCUUGUCGGGCAUGUUCAUGUACAAUGUAUUAGCCCAAACAUCUUUUACGAAUGCAUAUUAAAAAAAAUAUAUAAUUACAUUAACGUUUUUACGAGUUUAUUUAAAUAAUUUAUUAAAAUUAUUUAAAUAAACUCUCACUACCGCAUAAUCUUCCACACUUAAUAAGAAAAAAACGAAGCAACUUUGGAAAUAUAAACUUUAAGUAGGAAUGAAUUUUUUAAAAAAACUUUGCAUUGUAACAAAUAAUAACCUACUAGGACAUUAUCGAAUUUCACGUAAGAUUGAAAACAGAUGAAAAGAAAAUUAAAAGAAAUAAAACAAUAUCACACCCGCCUUUGUUUUUAAAAAAAUUUUUAUAAUUUUUUUAUAUACCGCGAUUGGAGAUUUAUAUAAAAAUAAUCAUGAUUGAGAAAUUAAAAAGAAUAAAGUAACUUAGCCGUAUAAAUUCUUAUUUAUAAUCAAAAUUUGAGGGCUUCGUUGCUAUUUUAAUGCAUACCUGAUUAAGUGAAUGUUAUUUUCGAAUUAUGCUGUUAAUAAGCGAAAUACAUAUCAAGCAAAAUAUUAAAUUAUCAUUCAAAAAAAUGUUAGUUUAUGAAAUCCGUUAAAAAUGAAUCUAAAGUUAUUCGAUUAUAAAACUAAUAUAUAAAGUGAAAGGAUGUGUAUGGAUUAUAGCUGAUAUAUACUGUGAAAUGUACAUUUUAAGCUGUAAAUACAUCUUUAGUGUUUGUUGAAUUAUUGUGAAUAUGUAUUGAUAAUGUACUAAAUCCUUUUUUCUUCCCUCAGAUUUCUUCUUUUAACUGUCUACAAAAAUUUGGUGCUUUAUUUUAUUUUAUCAAUUGAAAAAUGUAAUACAUUUAUUUUCAUUAAAUAAGUUUAGAUUAGUACCAUGUACUUCCAGAAUAUAGCACAAUAAUUAAUGGUGCUUAUUUGAAUAUAUGUGUUCUAAUUAUGUGUGUUUAGUUUUUGUGUGUAACGGAUGCUUCGAUUGUAGUACUGUGGUGUUUUAUUUCUUUAAUGGAAGUACAUGAAUUAAAAUAUUAAUAAUAAAAAAUUAUAAUUUUUUUUUCUCCGCAAAAUGUACAAUUAUGAAAUAAAAUUUUUAACCCAACGUAAAUUAAACAAAUUAAAAUCUUUCUGGAAAAAAUCAAUGAUUAAAAUAAAACUUAAUUCUAAAAAAAAUUAUUAAAAUGUCUAUAAAAAAAAUAAUGGUUAAAAAAUUUUACGUUUAAAGUACAACGCUUACCAGGAUAUGGAUGAUUGACUGAAUAUAAACAAUAACAAGUUUCCUAAAACCGGAAGUAAAUUUAGAAAACUUCCAGUGUAUCCCUCCGCUUAUGUUACGAGGCGAUGUGUGAACAGGCUAGGAAGUUUUAUUAUUGCGAUUUGUGUUUAAAUAUACGUAUAUUUAACCGUCCGUAAGAAUUUUCUGUAAUUUAUAAAUUCUAAACAGAUCGCGAGCCUAAAACAAAAUUAAUAUAACAGCAUAAAUAAAGUUAGCCAUGUUUUGGGUGUUAUCCCUUAUUUGGCUAUAUUUGUGUCAAAUAGCACCGUUUAUUAUUUUUUGGGUAACAUUAUGGCAAGCUUGCGGAGUCUUCCGAAUUUAUUUGUUGUUUGUUUCGAUUGAAAGAACGCGUUAUAUUGAAAACACUUCAAGCAUAAUAAUAUUGGAUGGCGCGUUUUUUCAAACUUUUUUAGGCGAGAAAAUCAGUCGGAAGUAGCAGCACUUACUAUGAAUUUCAACCCCCUAGCGUCAUUUGCGCUUAGAGUCAAUUAUUUCGAAACUAUUUUCGAAAUUAUUUAGAAACAUUUUUAUGUGAUGUGGAUUCAGCAAUUAUUAAAAUUAUGCAAACAUGUUUCGGAUGAUUUAAGAAAAAGAAAAAAAAAUCAGAUUGGAAAAUGAAAUCCACUUUUCUUUUUUGUUUGAGUUAUUAUGUUUCAUUUAAUUCUAUAUUGUGCCAUAUCCAUGUUGCUUUUAUAUUGCCUCCCAUAUUGAUUAUAUACUGCCCAUAUUCAUAUUCAGCAUCAUAGUAUUUAAAAAAUUGAGGCGAGAACAGAAAUUCAUUAUGGAACAUUCUUUCUCACUUUUCAAAUUGAAGUUAGAACUGAAAUUCAUUCUGGAACAUUCCUUCUAACUUUUCAAAUUGCAGUUAGGACAGAAAUUCAUUCUGGAACAUUCCUUCUAACUUUGCUAAAAGAAAGUAAAAUUGUAUUUUUGAAAGGAAAAAAAACUGUAAAGUCAGUGUAAUUUUUAUUUCACUGAAAAAUAAAAAUUAUGUGGAUAUUUGGCGAUAAUUCAAACUAUUUGUAAAUUAUAUGGUUUGCCUCAUCUUUGCAUAAUUUGUAGAUAAUUGUAAUAAAUUAUAAUUCCUUCAUAAAAUAAAUUAUCUCAUCUACUUAUUUUGCAUAAAGGAACUGUAAGUAACUUACAAUUUUAAAUGCUUCUUCUUACUCCGGGAAUAGUUCUUAAAAUUAUUAUUUUAUAAUAUAUAUAUUUACGGCGCACGAUGGCUGAGUGGUAGUUCUUCGCUUUCUCAAGUCAUAGAUCCUGGGUUCAAUCCUCGGGCCAGCCAAGUUCACUCAAAAUGUUCAUCAUUUCAAUAGGUCGAUAAAAUUAGUACCGAGCAUCCAAGAUCAAGAAGACUGAGAUAAGCACAGAAGGCUUUGGCCCUCUGUGGGCUGUGGCACCGCUGAGUUUAGUUUAGUAAAUAUUUAUGUUUAAAAUAAUAAAUAUUUCAUUUUUAUUCUAUUAUAAGAAAUCAAAUUGACUAAUUAUAAUCAAUAAAUAGUGCUGUGGUUCGAUAAAAAAUAAAGCAGCUAAGUUUUUAGAUGCUUGAAUGACGUGAAUAUUGAUUACAAGGCACAAAAAUUAGACAAACAAAUUUUAAUUCUUCAUCUCAAUUGCAAAUAAAAUUUUCUCAAUGUUGUUUAUUUCAGUAAAGACAGUUAAUUUUUUUGAAUAUGUUCACAUAGUCAACCCUUGUGAGUCUUUGAACAGUUAUUAUCUGUAAAUAAUUAAGUAGAACGAUAAUUAAUGAUCUGUUACUGUAAUAAAAUUUUUCUUUUAACA